UCUCUGUCGCCCUGGAGAGGGAGGGAUUAUUCCCAUUGUGGGAGAAUAAAAGCGGAAGGGCUGUUCAGUCGGGUCGCAAAUCCUUCCCGUCCCCUAAGUACUGUGAAUUUUUAGAAGCUUGUAUUAAGUCCAUUUCCUGACGUGUAAAUGGACAUAAUACCAUCUGCCAGAGAUACUGUGAUGCUUACGUGCAUCCAAGUGUGUGCAAUAGCUGGGUGAACCAUAAACAUGCCAGUGUUUGGUUAUUAUUAGUUGUUCAGACGUCUGCUUCUGCUGCAGUAUUUUUACCCCGAUGGACGAGGGGCGGUUUCUGAUAUUGACCCUUCCGACGGGCUUGAAGUAGGUGCACACUCAAGAUGAGGACUGUGCGCCUGGUAUUGUCUCCACGGGUCUGUAUCUUGUAAGGGUUACAUGGUGGGAAAUACUGAAGGCAUUUAGCUGAGAGUGGAGAAUGAACAGGAGGCUAUUACCAACUAAUUGUCUUUUAUAAUAACUGCAGUGUUUGAAAACAUGGAAUAAUGGAUAUUUACCUUUAAGAAUUUGCAUAAAAGAAUAAAUACCAGGGGGAAGAGAGACGGAUUUGUAAACCCCGGAGCGAGGUUCUGCCUACUCGAUGCCGCUGCUAUGCAGCGGGGGAAGCCACCGUCACCAUGUCUGACCAGGAGGCAAAACCUUCAACCGAGGACUUGGGGGAUAAGAAGGAAGGAGAAUAUAUUAAACUCAAAGUUAUUGGACAGGAUAGCAGUGAGAUUCACUUCAAAGUGAAAAUGACACAUCUCAAGAAACUUAAGCAAUCGUACUGUCAAAGACAGGGAGUUCCCAUAAAUUCACUCAGGUUUCUCUUUGAAGGUCAGAGAGUUGCUGAUAAUCACACUCCAAAAGAACUGGGAAUGGAGGAAGAAGAUGUGAUUGAAGUUUAUCAGGAACAAACGGGGUCAUUCAACGGUUUAGAUAAUCUUUUUAUUUUUUUUUCUUUUCCCUUAAUCUUUUUUUAUUUUUGA